AUGUUAAGUUGUUUUAUAUCGUCAAUUUCAUCUACCCCGGAAAUGGCCAUGGUGUUACUUACUCCCUUUACCGUGAUCGUUGAGAUGUUUGCUGGUCUAUUUAUAAAUUCAGGAGAAUUACCCGGAUGGUUAAGUUGGCUUAAGUACACAUCAUUCCUUCACUACAGCUAUGAGACACUUAUGGUAAACCAAUGGCGAUAUAUUGAUUAUAUACCAUGUUUGAAUGAUAGCCAAUCAAUGGGUCAAUGCUAUAAGAAUGGGACGAGCGUGAUCAUAUCUCAGGGAUUUUCCGUCAGCAACAUUUAUUGGGAUCCAAUCAUAGGAAAACAGAGAUUAGAAACCUUUCUUCACCUGAACCAAUGCAAAACGCAUAGCAACGCACUGACGGGGCCCCGAACCGAAUGGGAAGUGUGUAUAGGGUGUGAUGUGAGCAACAUUUGGGCGCAUAAAUCGGUCGGGUCUGAAGGCAAACGGGUCGGGAUAGUAGUCCGGGUCGUGUUGUAUGGCAUACACCGGGAUCUCAACCAUUACUCCCUUAUCAAUGCGAAGCGUCGAUCCGUCGCCACUACCAGCGCUCAGCACUACGUCCUCCUCCGCCACUCUCUUCAGCCGAACGUCUGCCGGAUAUUUGCGCAGAGUUUCCGAUAUAACGGCGUCGAGGAGUGGGAGUCCGCAAAGGGUGUCGUAGUCUAUGUCUCCGUUGUGUGCAUUAAACGCCUCUCUGGUCUCCGCCAUCAACCGGUCCUGAAUUACACCAGAGUAGACAACUGGGAGGUUAAGCCGCCGAUGAGGAAUGCGCUGCACUGGUCGACGAUCUCCUUCUCAGUUAACUUCUUAUUCAAGAUAUCACUUGAGAUCCGUUUCCCUGCCAUUGACUCAUUGACUUUGCUAUUAGGCACGAGACGGGCGGCGUCGGUGUCCGCACCCGCUGUCAUAACUUCGGACGACAUCAUUGAAAUACGUGUCACUCGACUGUCCGCCGCCGCUGAAGAGCCCCCACCAGAUCGGGCUAUUGGCCACACGUGUGGGCACAAUCAUUGUCACCAAUUCCUUACACCUGUUAGUCGUAAACACGGCGUUGGCUUUCGUGAGGAACGGAUGGUUUGGCUGCGAAUAGGGAUGAAAUUUGGUGGCAAACGCUGUGCUGGCGAUCACAUCCAUAGUAUAUUCACCCAUCAGUCGUUUGACAUCCACUUGCGUUCGCUGACCACCGGUGGACACCCUUUGGUGCAAAGCGUGCAUAAACUCGUGACAACACUCGUUGAUGAGUGGGUACAGGCGUUUCAAUUUGCCGGAAGUGAAUGCGGGGCUCACUAUAAGUCGGAGUCGUUUCCACUCGUCGUCGUUGGAGUUGAAGAG